UGGAAUCGCUGGAAGAACCAACUCACAGGCUUGGAGAACGUAUCUGCCAACCGAUGCUAUCACCCUAAAAACUUUGGUGCCGUAGUACGAAACGAAAUCCAUGCAUUUUCUGAUGCAAGUAAAGAAGCUGUUGGAGUAGCAGCGUAUCUGAAGCAACUCAGCCAGAAGGGCGAAGUGAGUGUUAGUUUGGUAUUUGGUCAAGCAAAAGUUGCACCAAUCCGACCGACAAGCAUUCCUCGCCUCGAGCUGUGUUAUCUACGAAGGCUGUGAAGAAGAUACAGACGGAACUUGAUUUAAAGAUAGACGAUGUUAAGUUCUAUACAGACUCCAAAGUCGUCCUAGGAUACAUCAGCAACGAUGCACGUAGAUUCCAUGUAUAUGUCGCCAACCGAGUCCAGGUAAUCAGAGAUACAUCCGGGCCUCACCAAUGGAACUACGUUGACACUUCUACAAACCCGGCAGACUUAGCAACUCGUGGCACAACGGCUAAGGGCCUGAUAGAAUCCGACUGGCUCGAGGGUCCAACAUUUCUGAAGAUGAACCAAUCGAAUGAACCAUCUAUUGACGAGGCAGCGUCGCCAAUAAUAGACGACAUCACUAUUAACGAAAACGAUCCCGAGGUUAAAGUCAACGCGUAUGUGACCAGCUCAACACGAGAAACGGGUUGGCUUCUCGGAUUGGCUAAAACUUCAGCGCGCGGUAUCCUGUCUCAUCGCCAAGAUAAGAAACCAGAAAACAAACAAAGACGUACGAAGCCUUGAUGAUGGCCAAAAUGUUGAGAAUGAACACCGACACCCGACAUCGAAAGAUUCUAACAAAAGUGCAAAAAUAGCAAUCAUAAAAGCGGUGCAAAACGAAGUAUUCGCACAUGACAUCAGUGUGCUAAAAAGAGAAAACAAGGAGACGGAUUGUUGUGAUCAACUGAAAGAACAACGAAGGGCACUCCGUAAGUCUAAUCCCGCAGGAUUAGAUCCGUUCCUAGAUCAGGAUGGGGUUCUCCGAGUCGGUGGACGUCUUAAUCGAUCGAGUCUAACCUUCGAAGAGAAACAUCCAAUCCUGCUGCCAAAGAAGCAUCAUGUGUCGCAGCUCAUAAUCCGUCACUACCACGAAAAAGUUAUCCACCAUCAAGGGCGACAAAUCACACAUGGAGCAGUCCGUCAAGCUGGUUUCUGGGUCAUCAAUGGUCACAAAGAAGUAUCAAGAAUGGUCAACGUAUGUGUCACUUGCAAAAAGCUUAGAGGACGGACACUCAUGCAACACAUGGCCGACCUUCCUGUCGAUCGAAUGGAGACCCAUCCACCUUUUACCAAUGUUGGUUUGGACGUUUUUGGUCCAUGGCAGAUUCAAGUCAGGAAACUCAGAGGAAGAGAUACAAAUGCCAAACGAUGGGGCUUAGUGUUUACCUGUCUCAGUAGCAGAGGAAUCCACAUCGAGAUACUCCACUCAAUGGACGCGAAUUCCUUUAUUUGUGCGUUAUGACGCUUCUUUGCUAUUCGUGGUCCGGCCGCCAUUUUAAGAUGCGAUUGCGGUACAAAUUUCGUGGGGGCAAAGUCCGAACUCGACAGCGCACUCAACGAAAUGGAUGCAGAGAAAGUGAAGAAUUACGUUGCAGAGCAAGGGUGCGAAUGGAAAUUCAAUCCCCCACACGCCUCACAUUUCGGCGGUGUGUGGGAACAACAAAUAGGCACAAUUCGUAGAGUGUUAGACGCAAUGCUCUUAAAGAUCGGAGCUGCUCAAUUCGACGACGAGUUGCUUCUUACGUUGAUGGCUGAAGUUACAGCUACUGUAAACAGUCGUCCAAUCGCCACAGUGUCAGCCGACAUUGAUGAACCGGUUCCCUUAUCACCAUCAAUGCUUCUUACCAUGAAACAGAAGCCACUUCUUGCAACACCAGACGUGUUUGUCAGGGAAGAUUUGUAUGCUAGAAAGCGCUGGAGAAGAGUCCAAUAUCUUGCCGACCAAUUUUGGUUGCGUUGGAAGAGGGAGUAUUUACAAAACCUUCAGUCAAGACCCAAGUGGCAGGAGAGAGAGAAGAAUCUGGUCGAUGGAGACGUGGUGUUAGUGAAAGACAGGGAUCUACAUCGCAAUGAUUGGUCGAUGGGCAGAGUUAUGGAGAGCAUCAAAAGUGAAGAUGGCGAAGUGAGGAAGGCGAAAGUUGUGAUCUCCAAAGAAGGAAGCAAGAAGGACUGUAUUCCAUCCGAUUAG